GAAAGCAGAAUCUGUGAGAGGAUUAGUGUCACCCAGGCAGAGCUCCAAAUCGGCCAGUCAGUCACAUUCCUUGCCUAGAUUUUAUCGAAAACAGUCUAGUCGCAAAGCCAAUGAUCAAAAUUCACACAAUUUAAUAUUUAAAUUUAAUAUUUUAAGUUAAAAAUUUAGUUUGUUUUUUUUUUCGAGAAAAGAAAGCGGGGAGAGAAGCCUUUUCCUAGGAUUCUAGGACCCAUUCGCGAUAGGAGAGUCUGAAGAUUAGAAGGACAUAGACAUGCAUACUCUGCGGAUGCAGAUCCACAGCCUGGUGAUGGGCCAGAGCUUCCUGCGGCGCCAUCUGCGCCGCUCCAGCGGCAGCAGCAGCCUCCCUGAGGCCGCCUUUCCCGGGGACCAGGAGGAGAUCGGGCCGGAGGAGGACGAGAACGCGAUGAAGCCACUACCGAUCCUGCGCAGCCGCCAGACCGAUCUCUUCUACCUGCCGGACUGCGUCGGUCCGGACUAUCAGGGACUUGUCCAGCCAGAGGACCAGACGAUGGCCAACCUCUUCUAUCCGGAGGGGAAGCGCCUGGAGAAGAGGUUGGCCGGAUUCGGUGGCAAUCUUUGGCCCACCGACAUCUGCGUGGGGCCCUGCCCCAAGCUGCUGACGCCCAACCUGCGGCGUCUGUUCCGGCACCCCAGCUCCCAUUUCUGCAGCUCGAUGAACUUCAGCAUGCUCGGACUGCGGUACCGAGGCUUCGACCGGGCUCUCGCCCUGCGCGCCUUCAUGUUCCUGGCCGGCUACAAUGUCCGGGAAAUGUUGCGCUACGGCUUCUGGGCCGACUUCGUCAACCCGCAGACUGGGCGCGCCGAAUUUCGGGGCUCACUCUCUGCCCCCCGGACCAGCUGCCCCGAGGCGGAGGCCCUCAGCAAGGGCUUGGACCUGUUCAAUGCCAACGGGUGCACGGUGAUCGAGGAGGCGAAGGGCGACCAUUUCAUCGGCACCAUCUUUACGGACAUGCCAGUGAAGGUGUUGGAGUUGUGGUGCUCGUAGAGU